UUCAGUGGGGGGGUUUGAUGCACUCAAUCGCGAGCCGGAGACUCUUGCCACGUUUGCACCUAUUCAUUGCGAUCUACACUCCGUUUUCUCGGUGCGACAAAGCGAGCCGCAGGACCUGACCCGAAAGUCUCGCCCACGCCCAGACUCCGGUGCUAAAAUUGUCAAGCUUACCAAUCAAGCCAGAAUGAGUUGUUACGGUGUCCAAAGAAAUACCCGCUCCAAGGUGACUCUUCCAUACCUCCCUGUUAAAGGAACACUGAAGGACGGUCGUCACAUCCAACUCGUCAACUAUGAAGACAAAUACGAAUCAGAGACACAUGCAAUUCUGAAGAAGAUUUGUGACGAUGGGACCAGUUAUCCGCAGGAGUCGAUGGACAGUGUUGAAGACUUUCGCGCUUAUUACUUAAGUCAUGAGUGCUAUUGUCUAGUAGACUCAGACACCUUCGAGGUCCUUGGAGCAUUUUAUGUCAAGCCCAAUUUCCCGGUGAGGUCAUCACAUUUGGCUAACGCUGGGUUUAUUGUGAAGGAGUCUGCAAGAGGAAAUGGAGUGGGCAGAUUCAUGUGCGAGAAAUUUCUCCAGAUAGCACGUGAUCUAGGCUACCUGGCGAGUUUCUUUAAUCUAGUCUACACGAGUAAUGCGGCAUCCGUUUCCCUCUGGACCAAGUUAGGCUUCAGGAAUAUUGGGACAAUACCAAAAGCUGGCAACCUCAAGGGAAUUGGGUUUGUGGAUGCAAUGCAGUUCUACUAUGACUUGACAACAAUUCCUAAAACUGAAAAUAUUUAAUUAUUUGACGACAUGUACAAGGAAAUGUAUACAACACCCAGUACAUCUGGAGUCAUGUU